AUGUAUCGUGACCCGAAAUGGGAAUGUUGCGUCGUCAACAUUCUCGACGUGAAGGAAGAAACUCGUGCGCUUGAGAUGCGUUUCCGCUUCAACGGGUAUCAUUGCUGGCCGCGGGUCCCACCGGAAAGGGACCCGACUGGGGACGGAGUAGUGAAGGGACCCGCGAAAAAAAGUCCCCACGGGUUAGGCGGGUCCACAGGAGCAAUGGAUAACGGAGUGAUAGGUGUUGCCGUUGAUGCCCUGCAGCGGCAUUUUUUUGGCGGUGGAAUUCCGUCCAAAUCGUUCGCCAUUUCUCGGGGCCGCCACUUGUACUCGCAGUCGAUUGUCGUCGCUGCGUCGUUGGCGGCGAAGAAGACUAGAGCCCUUCGCUUCAUCAUCAUCAGUGUCACCGCCGUAUCGGCCUCGAGUCGAGAAGACGAAUGGAAAUCUCCGCCGCGGAGAGCAAUCUCGGCCGUGCGGCUGGUGUUCGACAACUACUACAUCUUUCGGCAGCAGUCCAAGAUCCACAAACGUUCGAUAACCGAUUACCUGGCACUAGCUAAUGACCCCAAGCUGGGCUUGGCAAUGGAAGGCCCAUUGCCGGCUAUGGUUCUCGCGUGUUUGGUCGGAAGGAAAACAACCAGAUUCGUGUUUCAGUGGGUCUCUGGAGUCUAG